AUGUAUACUUACGAAAAAAAAAGGAGUGAAUAUGGCAGGCAAUAUCGAUUCCACAACAUUGGGCCAACAAUAUUGAUGAAUAUGUUGCCAGAUCAUAAUUUGGAGAAAGAUUGGAUACAGAGAAAUCCAGUUGACAAGAGCACUAACGAAACCAGCAAGUGGUCAGAACACGAGGCCAAUACGAUACGCAUAGAGUAUGUCAAUCGCGGAAUUUCGCAUAAAGAAGGCGGCUGGCCGAUUGACGUACACCUGGACGAUCCGGAACAAGUAUCCAGAUAUCGGAGGAAAACGGAAAAGGAUAAACUGUAUUUAGAAUCGGUUAAGACAACGGCAGUUCUCACCGAACACUUUAUAAGACAAAAUAAUGCGAUAGAUAUAUUCCAACCAUACUUUACCGAUCCGAAAACUAAAGAAUUUCAAACACAAACUCCAUCUCAUCAGACAGUGGCGGUAUUCAUUGACCCCUGUGAACCAAAGAGACCUGUACGAAACAUAUCUUGGUCAUCGGAACACAGCACACUGAUUGCAGUCAGUUACGCCGAUAUGAGAUUUCAAAUGGCCGAUCCAAAAAACAGUCCCAACUCCUACGUAUUUGACACGGAGAUGUUUACCUCUCCACAUUUUAUGAUCGAGUCACUUAGCCCGGUCACUAUGAUUAAGUUCCACCAUAGGGACGGACAGCUACUCGCAGGUGGAUUGAUGAAUGGUCAGGUAGCGUUGUGGGACAUGAGAAAAAGUACUACAAAUGCCGGCAUCAGCGAAAUAAGAAAUGGUCAUCGUGACUCAAUCCUUUGUCUCCAAUGGAUUCAAUCCAAGACCAACACAGAAUUUUUGACAGGAUCCAAUGAUAGUCAGAUCAUAUGGUGGGAUAUUAGAAACCUCAAUGAACCUACGGACAUAUUGGUCUUAGAUUUAAUGAAAACCGAAGCUGAUGAUGAACCGGAAUGGAUUCGGUGGGGCCGAUCUUAUGGAGCCACUUGCUUGGAUUACAGUUUUUCAAUUCCAAUACGCUUCAUGAUUGGCACAAACACUGGACACGUAUUUGAUGGAAAUCGUAAGGGCAAAACAGUGUUUGAAAAAAUACCGUAUACUUAUAAAUGUCAUGGUGGCCCCAUAUAUUCAGUGAAACGUCAUCCGGCAUAUUUGAAAAACUUCUUGACCAUCGGCGAUUGGCAGGCAAAAAUAUGGUCAGAAGAGGUAAAGGAAUCUCCCAUUAUGUGGACUAAACAUUACGAUAUGAGAUUGACCGACGGCCAUUGGAGUAAUUCAAAGCAUUCAGUUUUUUAUGUGACUAGAUCCGAUGGGUUCUUGGACUGUUGGGAUAUCUUACAGAACCAAAAACGUCCGAUACUUUCAAUCAAGCUGGCUGACAAGAGAUUAAAUUGUAUUAGCUGCCAUGAAGAUGGAGCACUGUUAGCUGUCGGUGAUGACUGUGGUAACACACGCGUGAUUGAAAUGAACGAUUGGUUUGUGUCCCCUGGACCAUAUGAUAAAGUUCGAUUGACAGCUAUGUUUGAUAGAGAAACUAGACGAGAAAAGAUCAUAGAAGCUAAGCAACGUGAACAAAAAACUAAAAUAAAUUUCAAACCACCUCCAAAAAAAGAUGAUUUCUUGAUAAAAUCUGAAUUAGCGGUUGAAGAAAUGGAAAGAGAAAUGGCUGAAUUCGUUGAAAAAAUGUGCCACAAUUCGUUUAAUGAAAUGAACGAGAAUGAUAUAAUGGAAGAAAUUAAAGAGGAAGAAUUUAUAACUGAAGAAUAA